AUGCCAGAAGAUCGAGAAGAAUUAGAUAUCGAAAAAGUAUUAUCAAAAAAAUUAGAGGCUAUCGAAACCUCAACUGAGAAAAAAGCACCAUACACCGUAUUUGAGAGUACUGAUAAGCUACUACUAAUUAUAGUCUUAUCUUUGGUUGGAUUCUGGAGUGCUAUUUCUAGUCCAAUAUAUUUCCCAGCUUUGCCAACACUUACGAAGUAUUUCAAUACCACACCUUCAGUGAUGAAUAUAUCAGUGGUUGCAUAUUUGAUUUUCCAAGGUAUCGCCCCAACAAUUUCAUCAAACUUGGCUGAUACAUUUGGUCGAAGACCAGUUAUAUUAGGGAGUAUUAUUGUUUUCUGUGCCGUGUGCAUUGCUAUAUCACAAACAAAAGUGUACUGGUUAUUGGCAUUGUUGCGUUGUUUUCAAGCUGCUGGUAUUGCUCCAGUAUUUGCAAUAAGUUCUGGAGUCGCUGGCGAUAUCUGUACCCCAGCUAACCGUGGUGGUAUGGUUGGUGCCGUUUCAGGUUUGCAAUUAGCUGGAAACGGGAUGGGGGGUUUAGUUGGUGCAGCAUUGAUUUCAGGAUUUCAUACCUGGAGAGCUAUAUUUAUAUUUUUGGCUAUCGGUGGAGGUGUCACUUUUAUCUUUGCCUUUUUAGUUUUAGCAGAGACAUCACGAAGAAUAGUGGGAAAUGGUUCUAUAAUGCCCAAGAAUGUGUUAAAUAAGGCCGUAUUGAUCUACCUUCCACAUUUUAAAAGCAAAAUAACAAAUGAUUAUUCAACAUUGCAACCUAAGGGGGCAUUCGAUAUCUUGGGUCCUUUUAAAAUAUUUUUCCAAAAGGAAGUGUUCUGUACUUUAUUGCCACUGGGGAUGCAUUUUGCAGCAUGGACUGUAUCCUUAACGUCCCUUUCUACUGAAUUAGAAUCAAAUAAAUACAACUACUCGGUGAUGAAGGUUGGUUUGGUGUAUUUGCCUCAAGGUAUUGCCUGCUUCAUUGGAUCUUUAAUAGCUGGCCGCUGUUUAAACUGGUACUACCGCUACAGAAAGAAUUUAUAUGAUAAACAAAUGAAUGACGUUCCUUUGAACGAUCGUCCACCUUUCAAUUUGGUUGCUUCCAGAUUAACAUUGACUAUCGUGCCCUUGGCCAUGAUGGUUAUUGGUCUUGCAUCAUUUGGUUGGUGUCUCCAAUAUAAACAACCUAUUAUAUCUAUUAUCAUUUCAACGAUUUUGAUUUCAUUUUCUGCUUCUGUCAUGAUGUCUGUUUGCACAACAAUGUUAGUUGACUUGUAUCCUAAACAGAGUGGUGCCUCUGCUUCAUGUGUUAAUUUAAUGAGAUGCUGGCUUGCUGCAUUGUUCACUGGUGUCCUCGACCAUAUGAUAAGUUCAUUGGGAUUAGGAGGUACAUACACACUUUUGACUGGGAUUUGCUUACUCACGGAUCUUGGUUUGGUUUAUGUUUUGUACAAUGCUAACCAAAGAUUUGUAAAUUAUGUUCUGCCUAAUCAAACUGCAGUUAAUUCGGAUGCUGAGGACUACUGA